GCAUGAUAAAGAAUGGCCUGGAUCCUCUGACGAUUGUCGUAUGAUGUAGCGUGGUUUAGAACUGUUUACUCUUCCGAGAAAUAGAUUCAGAACCCAGCAGUCACCAAUAUGUCGGGCUGGAAGCACGCGUUUGCCCUCUCGAAGGCUGACGUCAAAGACGCCACACCGCCCGGAACGGUUGUGUUGAUUGAGCAUCAUACAGAUAAAACAGACCCAGAAACUGCACAGUCCCAGGGGGAUGGCGAUGUCACUCUUCGAUUUCCAAGACCUUCGGCAGAUCCUGCAGAUCCACUCAACUGGGCAACAUGGCGAAAACACGGGGUACUUCUCGUCGUGUCGUUAUACGCGCUGGUCGCAAAUUUUACAUCCUCCAGCAUCGCUCCAGGACUGCAGCUAUGGAUGAUGAACUAUCCACAAGACCCGAGAUCCUUCUCGGUCUUGGUUAGACUAGUAGCUGUCAAUGUGUUGAUGAUGGGAGGUGGCAAUAUCUGGUUCGUGCCACUAUCGAAUAUUCUCGGUCGACGACCAGUACUCAUUGCAUCGACGUUGAUGUUGACGCUUUGCACCAUGUGGUGCGGUCUUGCUACGAACUAUGAUUCUCUUUUGGCUGCCCGUAUAUUCCAAGGAAUGGCCAGCGCCGCUGCGGACACGGUUGCGCCGGCUUUGAUUGGUGAUGUGUACUUCAUGGAUGAGCGCGGACGAGCAAUGACGGUGUACACCGUCUGCCUCGUUAUUGGACCCAUCAUUGGAGGUAUCGCGGGUGGUUAUAUCGCGUUCACGAUCGGAUGGUUUUAUGUCUUCUGGAUCGGGUGUGCGUUAUCGGCAGCAGUCUUUGUAGGCACAGUGCUGUUCGUCCCCGAGACGCUCUACACACGGUUUUCGACGCCACCGACUGGCGCGGAGCUCACGUACGGAGCUCCCCCGAAGGAUGGUGCAACUCAUCUCGAGCGGACGCCAACACACGCAACCGUGACUGACUACAAGCCGUAUACGUUCGCCCGAUCGCUCGGCUUCAUGAAACCCGCCGGUGGCUGGGCGCACCACUUCAUCCAGCCCUGGCGCACCCUUGGGCUGCCAGGUACGUGGGUGGUGAUGCUUCACUACGGUGGCUUGGUCGGCGGUAUCGUGACCAUCUCCACCAUUGGUCCCCAGAUUGUUGCUGCGCCUCCAUAUCUCUGGGGCGCCAAUUCUGGGCUGAUCAAUAUUGGAGCUCUGAUCGGUUCCAUCCUGGGUGCCAUAUACACCUAUCUGCUGUCCGACUCUCGCUUGAAGAGCCAGGCUAAGCAUGAGAGUCACGGAUACGCAGAGCCAGAGAGUCGUCUGCCUACCAUGUUCCCAGCGCUCUUGAUUGCGACAGCCGGUUUCCUCACCUUCGGCUUCUGCGCCCAGAAUCCUUCGAUCAAAGGCUGGGUCGGGCUGGAGUUUGGCUAUGGUAUGAUCUCGUUUGGACUGAUGCAAGUGCCGUCGAUUGGUUUCAACUAUUUGAUCGACUCCUAUUCGUCCCUUGCUGCAGACUGUUUUGUUAUGGUCACCAUCCUGCGUGCAAUCAUCGCGUUUGCCUGGACAUUUUUCGUGUCGGAAUGGAUAGCAGAGGAUGGGGCAGCUGAAGCUUUUGGAAUCUUCGGCAUGCUUAUGGGCAUUUUUGGUCUUCUUACCGUGCCGUUGUGGUUAUAUGGUAAGCGGAUGAGGAUUGCGACCGCGUCGGUAUUCGGAUACUAAGUGUUGGGCAUGGAGCUUCGAUGAAAGAGCAAAUGGGAUCGAUCAUUAAUGACAACUUAAUUGGAGCGAAGGGAUUGGAAACCGAACCGAGCCCAUGAUGUGAUCAAGUUGUCCUUUUCCAUCCGAUAAUGUCAUAAACAUGUUUGGCCACAACGCCAACCAGAGACCAACCCAUGCAUCCAAG